AUGUAAAAAAAUAAAUACAAAAACAAUUAAAUAAAGUUUCAAAAUCAAACAUUAACAUUAAAAGAAGAAAUCGGACAAGGCGCUUAUUCAAAUAUUUAUAGCACGUCAGAUUCAAAAUAUGUAGCUAAAGUGAUAAAUUAACAAUUUGAAGCUGGCUAUAGAUCUUUUUUAAAGGAAAAAGAAGCCUAUUAAAACUUAAGGGAUCAUCCAAAUAUAUUAAAAAGCCUAGGUAAUGCCGAGGUAUCAAUAAAAGAAGGAAAAAUAGCAAUUUUAAUAAUUGAAAACUGUCCUAAAGGUUCAUUAUUUAAUAUAAUGGCUUAAACACCAAAACAAUAAUUAAUGGAAUAACAAAUAAUACGUAUUAUAUAUGAAAUUAGUUAAGGUUUAAAAUACCUUCAUAGCAAAAAUAUAAUACAUAGAGACAUAAAAAUCGAAAAUAUACUUUAUGGGGAAGAUAAUAGUUUUAAAAUAUGCGAUUUCGGAUCUAUUACUUCCCAAAAAUAUACCUAAAUAAAAAAUCAUCCAAAUUUAGAAUUAUUAUAGGAAGAAAUAGAUAAAAAUACAACCCCAUAAUAUCGUUGUCCUGAAUAAAUAGAUGUUAUGUUGUAUAAAGAAAGUAGUUUGGAUGAAAAAGUGGAUAUUUUUGCACUAGGAGUGCUUGCAUAUAUCUUAAUGUUCAAAAAGCCUCCAUUCGAAUCAAAAUUAGCGGCCAUAAAUGGACAUUGUUAUUGGCCAGAAAGUUGUUUUUUUACUGAAAAAAUGGCAAAUCUAGUAAAAAAUAUGUUAAAAGAGAAUUCUAGUGAAAGAAUGUCGGCUUAGGAUGUCAUUUUUUAUAUUGAAAAAUAAUUAAAUUUCGAAAAAAACGAUGGGAUUAUAGAUCCAAUGAUUUUUUAGAAAUAGAAACAUGAUGAAUUAAAACCAGGAAUUUUAAAUAAUUUAAAAAAAAUAAUUUUUUGUAAAUUUACAGACACUAAAGGAUGGAUUUUUGCUUCAUUAUAAUAUGACGAAAAUGGGCCAAAAUAAAAAUACAUAAGGAAAUUAUUAGUUAAGGCUUGGUAAAAACGUGAGAAAAAAAAGACUGAUAAAUUUUAUUCAAUUUUAUUAGAUUUUUUAAAAGAAAAUCUAAAUAAUUAAAUUAUUGUUUUAAAAAUAUUAGUUUUAAUACACAACUAUUUAAAAAAAGGGCCUUAGGAAGCUAUUUACAUAUCAUAUAUAAGAAAAGUAGGUCCUGAACAUAUUUUAUAAGAAAUAAAAAGUUUUUAUGAAGGUAAAGAAAGUUUAAAUGGAUCUAUAAAUAAUUUAAUAGUAAAAUAUUGCCUUUUAAUGGAAAAAAAGAUUACUUUACAUAAAAAAUAUUUUGAUUUUUUUGAAGGGAAUUUUUCCUUAAAUCCUUUUUUAUAAAGCAUUUCUAUGAAAUUUAGACCAUUAAAUCCUGUUUUAUUAGAAGAUUUAUUAGUUUAUAUGUAAGGAUUGAUAAAUUUUUCUAAAAUUUUAAUAAUAAAUCAUUCUUUAUGGAAAAUAUAGGUUAGUGUAGUUAUUUCUUUGGUAGAUGAAAUGUAUUGUUGUAUAAGUUUAUUUACACAUUUAUAUAAAACAUUUAAAUAAUCCACUAAUUUUAAUAGCUUUUAAUAUAAUAAAAAUUUGAUUUUAUAGAGUAUUCAAGAACUCGAUACAUAAUUUGAGUUUAUAUAUUUACUUAUUUUAAAGUUUUUUAAAAGAUGUUAGUCUAUUACAGAUUCAGUUUUUUCGAGUAUGGUUCCUAAAAUGCCUUUAGAAGUUGUUUAAUAUAUUAAAAAUAUAGAGAUUUUAAAUAAUUCAAUAUAGCAAUUUAAUGUUUUUGAUUUUUUAAAUUACUCAGUAAAUGUUUUUGGGCUUAAAAUACCUUUCAGUUUUGGAUAUGCAAUAUUAGAUGCUUGCAAGAAUAAUACAGAAAUAAAGGAAGAUGAUGAUACUAAGCUAGAUAAAAAAAGAUCUAUUCCAUAGUAGGAUUAGUUUAAUACUAGGAGAGAGAAAAUAUUAGAAAGUUAAGAAGGGAUAUUUUUUAAUUCGAAAG